UCGUUACCUUGCCAUAUACAGCGGGAGCUCAAGGGAGGAGGUUUCAUCUGACUUAUUCUCCACAAAUUCAUCACUCACUCACUUCCCAAUUCUCAAUUUUUUUGAGUUCAUCGUUCGGCACUCAUUUCUCAAUUCUUUCCCUCUGACUCCACAAUUUGAAACAAUUUAGCAAAAUCCAAGUUAACAAGUUUCAUCCAGCAAAUCAAGUCCUCCAAAAAGCUACCUAAUUAGAAAUUAACCAGUUCAAUCGUAUUCUUCCUAACUAUCAAACGGAUGUCGCAUUAUACUUCCGAGUAAUUGUGAAUAAAAGUGAUGUAAAAAAAAAAAUCCCGAUGGAUUCCAGACGCUUUUGUUGUAGGGUUACCGUUUGAUGUGUUAUGCUUGUUACGCUGCGUAAAAAGACAUGACAAGGGCUUGGUGGAUUGCCGCACUCAUGUUUGCCUUUGGAUUUUCUUUGGCCGUAGCCCAAGAUUAUGGCGAUGAUCAGCAACAGCAACCUGCUGCACCACCCCCAUCACAAGAAGAUUGUGACGGGAUUUACCUAAGCUAUAACUUCCUUUCCCGGCGAAGAAUCUACCCUUUCCUCAAGAAUGCUGAGAAACAAGCAUGGGCCUUCAAUGCGACUGCAACCAUAGUCAACACGGGCACGUACGAACUCAAAGGCUGGAAGAUGUACGUUGGGUUUCAACACAAAGAGAUUCUAGUUGGUGCAGGUGGUGCCGUUUUGAUGGACGGUGAUGAUUUCCCGGCUGAUGUUGGAAAUGGGACUACCCUCUCUGGAGCAGGACAGGCAGAUUUGAAAACCGCCAUUGGCACUGGUGGAGAUUACACCAAAAUUCAAGCCAACAUUCAAAUCAGUGGCACUAUGUUUGGUGUCAAGCCCCCAGGGAACCCAAUGCCUAAAACAAUUCGACUUGUUAACGAUGGAUACAAGUGCCCUGCACCAACCAAUCGUAAGACGACAAUGUACGUUUGUUGCGUUAGGAAUCCUAAAUAUAAGUCCAUUGUUACGAAAACCAAGUUCUUGCCUCGACAAAAGGGUGAUCUCACAAUUGCAUAUGAUGUCAUUCAAGCCUAUGAGAAUAAUUAUCUUGCUCAGGUGACAAUGGAGAACAAGAGCCCUUUGGGACGUUUGGACCAUUGGAACUUAACUUGGGAAUGGAUGAGAGGGGAAUUUAUAUAUUCCAUGAAAGGUGCUUAUCCGCGUUCGAUUGACUAUUUAAAUUGCAUAUAUGGUGCUGCCGGACAAUACUAUCAACAGAUGGAUUUCUCCAAGGUCUUGAAUUGCAAAAAAAAUCCAGUCAUCGGAGACCUACCUCGUGAGAAAGCAAACGAUACUCAAGUUGGGAAAAUACCUAAUUGCUGCAGAAAUGGUAGUAUUUUGCCUGCUAUAAUGGAUCAAAGCAAAACCAAGGCUGCUUUUCAAAUGCAGGUGUUCAAAGUACCUCCUGAUUUGAAUCGAACGGCUCUGUAUCCUCCUGAAAAAUUCAAAGUGGAGGGGGUGCUUAAUCCGGAAUACAAAUGUAGGCAGCCUAUUAGGGUGGACCCUGCUCAGUUUCCAGACCCAAGUGGGAUUCAGUCUACAAGCUUAGCUAUUGCAAGCUGGCAAAUAAUUUGCAACAUCACAAGGGCCAAAACUAGGAAACCCAAGUGUUGUGUUUCAUUCUCUGCUUAUUACAAUGAGUCUGUGAUACCCUGCAGAACAUGUGCUUGUGGUUGUACCGACACGAAAAAAUGCAACCCGAAAGCCCCUGCAAUUCUUCUCCCUCCGGAAACUCUUCUCGUCCCAUUCGAAAAUAGGACGAAGAAGGCCAUAGCUUGGGCAAGCAUAAAGCACCAUCACGUGCCCAAGCCACUGCCUUGUGGGAACAAUUGUCCAGUUAGUGUAAAUUGGCAUGUCUUAUCAGAUUACAAGGAUGGAUGGACAGCUAGAAUGACACUAUUCAAUUGGGCUAACAUGAAUUUUGAAGAUUGGUUUGCUGCAGUGCAACUCAAGAAAGCUUCUCCCGGUUACGAAAAUGCAUAUUCUUUCAAUGGGACCAAACUUCCGAUGUUGGAGGACAUCAUCUUCCUCCAAGGCUUAAGGGGCUUGACUUUUUUGGUGGCGGAGACAAAUGGAUCGAGCCCGAAAGCUCCUAGGGUGCCUGGAAAGCAACAGUCUGUUAUUUCUUUUAAGAAGAAGCGGACACCAGACAUAGAAGUAGCUAAACGUGAUGGGUUUCCUUCAAGAGUGUUUUUCAAUGGGGAAGAAUGUUCACUUCCCACUCAACUUCCAGUAUCACAUGGAAAUUCGCAUCAUGGAAAUUUGGUAGUUGUGAUAUUCCUUUCAAUUUUGACUUUUCUUAUGUGAUGAAUUAACUUCGGUUUUGCAUUA